UUCCUUCUAGGUAGUUCUGUAUUUUGUAAAAGAAAAAUGGUAAAAAAUAUUUUAAAAUUUGUCGUUCUAUUGCUGGAAGUCGUUUCAUUCCUGGUAAAUAACUCAAUGUGCAUGCCAGUUGUGAAUCUAAAGAAAUCUCAAAUAUUUGGACGAACCAUCGAAUUCGAGGGAUACAGAGUUAACGAAUAUCUUGGGAUACGAUAUGCUCAACCACCUGUUGGAUCACUCCGUUUCCAGAGAACGAAAAAACUUCGCUUCGUUCCAAGUCAGUUCAAAGCUCUCAACAUACCCCCCGCUUGUCUCCAGUAUUCAGAAAGCCCAUAUCCCUGGUAUGUGAAUGGAUCGUACAAGAGCGAGGACUGUCUGUUUCUGAAUAUAUGGACACCUGUUGAUGCAAGUCCUUCAAAUCAAAAAGCGGUAUUGUUUUGGAUACAUGGUGGCGGAUUCAGAUUUGGUUCGAUACAAGAUCAAUUGUACAAUGGUGUACCUUUAGCUGGUAUAGGAGAUAUAAUCGUUGUGACUGUCAACUAUCGGCUUGGUGCGUUCGGAUUUUUAACAACAGGUACAAAGGAGGCACCUGGAAAUGCAGGAUUAUGGGACAUACUGGAGGGGCUCAAGUGGGUCAACCAAAACAUCGGUUAUUUCGGAGGUGACACCUCUAGAAUUACCAUAGCAGGUGAAAGCGCCGGAUCUAUUGCCGUGGGAUACCUUUCCAUUUCCCCACUUGCCACAGAUCUCUUCAGCCAGAUGAUAAUGGAAAGCGGAUCACCUGCAGUACCGACGCAAGACACCAAACUUCUGAAUAUUGCAUUCACAGAGCAAAUAGCAAUAAAAGUUGGAUGCGCCACUAAUCGCCAAUCUGUCGUCAAAUGUCUGAAAGAUGUCGAAGCGGAAGAUUUGGAAAGAGCCGAAUUUGAGACAAUGCCUAAAACCACUUCACACUUCUUUCCACAAUACGGAGAUGAAUUUCUGCCGAAGAACCCUCAAAAAUCCGUUUCUAGUGGAGAAUUCCGAUGCAAAAAGCUACUGAUCGGAAACAACCUAGAUGAAGGAUCAGUUUUUGUUUCAACGAGUGCGCCUGAAAUAUUCGGCUUCUUUGGCGAGAAAAUUAAGCAAUCCAGUCCACCAAUUGGCGCAAAACAAGCAGAAGAAAUAAUUAAAUCUAUCUUACCAGAUCUCCAGUCAACUGUGAAGUCCCCUGUCCCAGAUAACUCACUGCUAAAAAGCAUUUCUAAUCUCAAGCUUGAUAUCCAGCAGAAAAUUCUUCACAGUCUAUUUCAAAAAGCAUUCAAUUCCUCACUGCACGAAUUUCACACAUUGCUUGGGGACCUAUUGGUAGUAUGUCCAAAUGUAUAUUAUGCCGAAAACUGUGCUGAGAAUGGUGGUGAUGUCUAUUUUUACUUCUUCGCUCAUCGCCCCAGCACAACCCCUUGGGCCCCAUGGAUGGGAGUUACACAUUUUGAAGAAGUGCAGUUCGUCUUUGGAAGACCUGUAUUAGACUUUUACCCCUACCGAGCCGAAGAGAGGACACUUAGCACAUACGUAAUUAAAAUAUGGAGCAACUUCGUCAUAACAGGAAAACCAAAUAAUUGUUGGCCAUUGUACAGCAAGAAGAACCCUGUCUUCAGAUAUAUUGGUAAGAGAAAUUCAAAGAAAAAAUAUGGCACUGCCCCUCACAAGCAAAAUUGUGAUAUUUUUCGUUUACUUACCUCGAUUUAAAAUCGGAAAUGUUAAGCUAUUGUUGGAAAAUAAAAAAAUGCUAGGGAAAAUAUAAAAAAAUAAA